AUGGCAGAUUCAGCUUAUGACCCGACUCCAUGGCACUCCAUGCCCACAGCUUCUGGGGCCUCAGUGGCAGACUUGGAGGCCCCGAUCCAAUCCUCCCAUGCUCUUCCGUUUCCACAACCAUAUGCACCUUAUGCACACAUGAGCACUCCACGCAUGAUGCCCAUUCUGGAUUGGACGCAGAGGAGAGGAGAGAAUCAAGUUCGCUCGCCCUAUCUGCCAAAUGGCGAUCACCAAAUGUCCUAUCCAACACCACCCCGCGUCCACCCAUACGAUCCCUCACAGCCAAGGCCACCUCCAGCCAUCCGUAGCGAGCGGACCAACUGGCGGCCGGAUGCCAGAGAGUAUGCUGGGAUUCAUGGACUUCACACGCGAAGUGAUUAUUCGCGAGACGCUUUCUAUGCAUCGGCCGCUUUUGGGUACCAUCCUGCUUUGCCAUCCGCGAUGGAGUCUAAUCCAUUCGCUCGAAGACCACAGAACUCGUCAAUGGGAUCGAAUCCACCACCAUACGCCAGGCAAGAACCGAUGCGGUCGCCCGAUGCGGACAAUAUAGAUUCGCCCCGUCUGGUCCUAGGUACACAUACGAGAUUAUCACAGCAUGGAGAUUUAUCCAACGAGCGAGUCGAACAUGGGGCGGCCCUUCGGCGUUCUUCCAUGUUCGUGGAGGCUCAAGGCCGUCAGUCAGAUCACAGCAACUCUCCACGGACGUCUAGCCGCCGGAGCUUUGAUAGAUAUUCAGUCGAUCUGCCACAAUCGAGUACGUCGUCUGACGCAGAUGAAGCUGCUGCGCGUGUACCACCCUCUAGUCGCGCAAGGCAACGAAUGCGAGGGCCACGAGUCUUUGGGCAGCGCCAAGCACAUGAUCCGAACGUUGCCAGUCCGGAGCAGAUUCAAGAGCUCAAAGAAAAGCUUCCACGACGUCUCCCCAGCGAACUCUCCGAGGAUACUUCAAAAGAGUGCGAUAUCUGCUCAAAAGACUAUUCGCUCGUCGACGUGAAGCCGAGCGAGGAAGCAGAAAUCGCCAUUGAGCUGCCGUGUGGACACUGUUUUGGAGAGUGCUGCAUUCACAUUUGGGUAGUUUGA